AUGUCCUCAAGAUCACCCGAGGAGACCCAUGUCGGCUUCCAGACAGAGGUGAUCCAGAAAGAACCCAAACGUAAAUGGGUGAGCUACAUUUGGGACACCUUUGAUAAGUCUCUGGAGGAGCGCCGACUGCUUUUCAAAUUAGAUUCCGCGAUCCUGACAUUUGCAUCAUUGGGGUAUUUCAUUAAGUACCUGGAUCAAAUCAACAUCAACAAUGCAUUUGUCUCGGGGAUGAAGGAAGACUUGGGCAUGUAUGGCAAUGAACUCAACUAUAUGCAGACCUGUUGGACUGUGGGAUAUGUCAUUGGGGAGAUUCCCAGCAAUAUUUUGUUGACUCGGAUUAAGCCAAGGUAUUGGAUACCGGCAAUGGAGCUUCUCUGGACCGUUCUCACCAUGUCUCUAUCUCGGUGUAACACCCCAACACAAUUCUAUGUACUAAGAUUCUUCGUUGGUAUGUGUAAAAAAGCCAUUAUCCUCUUUUGGUCGCUAAUUUUUCAACUUUCUCUUGUGGUAGGAUUGGCCGAGAGUACUUUUUAUCCAGGAAUGCAAUACAUCAUCGGAUCCUGGUACCGCAAAGACGAGCUUGCAAAACGCUCAUGCAUAUUCCAUACCAGCAGUGGAAUAGCUAGUAUGUUCUCUGGGUAUCUCAUGGAUGCAGUGUAUCGACUUGGAGGGCGAGGAGGUUUCAAGGGCUGGCAGUGGCUCUUCAUCAUCGACGGCGUGAUUUCGCUCCCAGUAGCCAUAAGCGGGUUUUUUAUUCUUCCCGAUGUACCAGAGAUCUCUAGUCCAUGGUACCUAAGCGAGAAGGAGGUUGAAUUGGCUCAAAAGCGAAUGAAUUUGGAAGGAAGAAAAAACAGAGAGCCAUACACCAAGUCUAAACUGAAGAAGAUCUUUACUUCAUGGCACAUCUAUCUCCUGACGCUACUCUACAUAUGUUUCAACAAUGGUGCUGCGGGAAGUCAGCCUGUCUUUCAACAAUUCCUCAAAACCUCUACGGAUCCAGUUUACUCCAUCGGGCAAAUCAACUCGAUACCCACGACUACUCCUGCAGUUCAGGUUGUAACAACACUAGCUUACGCAUGGAUAUCUGACACUGUUUUAAAAGGUAGCCGUUGGCCCCCAAUCGUUUUCGGCGCUUGUGUCAAUAUCGUCAGUUAUGUCUCCCUUGCAGUGUGGAACAUUCCAAUGGGAUGGAAAUGGACAUGCUACAUAAUAAGUGGAGCUGGUUACGGACUAAGUGGAUUACUCAUGGCUUGGGCCCAUGAGAUCUGUUCUGAUGAUAACGAAGAGCGAUCCUUGGUGAUUGGCAGCAUGAAUGAACUGGCUUAUGUCUUCCAAGCCUGGUUGCCCCUUAUUGUAUGGCAGCAGGUCGAUGCACCGGAGUACCAGAAAGGAUUCAUCACCGUAACAGUCCUAUCAGUUCUGCUGAUCAUCUUCACCUUCCUCGUUCGCUUCUUGCACCAAAAGGAGAAAUUGGAGAAAAGGUGCGACCCCAAAUUGUCUUCGCACCACUCUUGUCAGUUUGGAUUAACUCAUGAUUUAUAG